GCAUGGAUAGAUUCAAUUAGAUAUUCCUUAACCAGUAUACACAGAUACCUGUACCUUAUUGUGUUCUCUGUUUUAUCCGUGGUUAACUGUUAUAUACCACGGCAUCUGCCCAUUUCAACCCUUUAAUAAAGUCCCCCUUUCUGUGUCUGUUUCUUCCGCCUUUUUUCUCGCUUUUUUCCGUUUGUUCUUUUCUCCUUCUUUUCCCUCUUUUCCCUCUUUUCCCUACCUUAACUGCGCCCAUCUCCUGUCCUUUUCCAUCUAUUUUUUCGUCUUUUAUUUCUUUUCUUCUCUUCUCCGUUUUCUUGUAAUCUUCUUUCUCUCGUUCUUGUUUUCUUUUAUUUCAACCAGCCUUUUUUAACCCCAUCUUCAACCUCACUUCUUGUCCUCUUUACACCGUCUCUUCACUCACACCACUUCUAUCCCUCAACUCGUCUAUGCUAAUAUGUCCACGGAACCCGACCACAAUCCCAUCGCCCAAGAACAAGAUGCCGGCAUCGACACCGAAACACGCGCGGAAGAUGCGUUGAAGGGCCGGCGUGUUUCUGCCGGGACUCGUCGGUCGCGUCGAAAGAAGGACGACGACAACAACACGACCGAACCGGAGGAUAAAAAGAAAGAAACCAAGCCUAGGAACAACCGCCGAAAAUCCAAUCCGGCGUCCACCACGAAUAAUACCACGUCGUCUCGUAAAAAACCCAAGCUGGAGAAUAACGAUGCAGCCACACUGCCUUCCCCAUAUCAGCAGCCUCCUCCGCAACAGCAUCAACAUCAACAACAAUCACAACAACAACAACAACAACAACAACAACAACCUCCUCCGCCACAACCUCCAGCCUUCCACCACUCGUAUCCCAAUAACCACCAUGCUCCUUCUCAUAUUCCUUCCUCGUAUCCUCUAACCCAUUCCCUACCACCUUCUCGACCACAAUCUCAACCGCCUCCGCCGCCGCCCUCAGUUCCGCAGAGAACGAGUGGUCAGAACUACGAUCCCAUCCGAUCGGCCUUGGAUGACACCGCCCCGACCCCGUCCGCCGCCAGUCCUCCCACUCGCAGUGCUUUUCGCGCCAGUGCAUCUCCGGCCAUUGCUAGUAUUAUUGAUCACCCCACUGCAACAAGUAACCCGCAACCUAUUUACUCGCCUGUUCCUCGUCGUGCCUCUCCUCAUGUUCCCUCGAAUCUUUCCUCUCCCGCUCAUCCCAAGGCUCCGACGCCUUCUCAUCCCUCCCUAGCUCCUUCGCCCUUGCCGUCUUCGUCCUCCCCGUCGCACCCUCAUGGAUCCCUACUUGCAUCUCACCACUCUUCGCUGCCGCCUGCUCUUCAACCACUACAAGCUUCACAUUCCUACGCUCAUCAAUCCCCGUAUCCUCCUGCACAGCAUCCGCAGCAUCCGCAGCAGCAGCAGCAGCAACAACAACAACAACAACAACAACAACAACAACCUCGUUAUGAAGACCAAAAACCUCCUCAGCCAGAUCCAUCACGAACGGUAGCCCAACCUCAACAGCAAGCACAAGCGCCAAUCGCAAUGGAUGUGGAUCAACCGGAGCCCGCUGUCUCUCAGCCCACAAAGAUGACCAAGAAGGAGAAAGAGAAGGAAAAGGAAAACCAAAAGGAAAAGAAAGAAACUUCCUCCAAACCUCCCUCGCCCAAGUCUGGUCGCGCUGCCAAAGACAAAGAUGCUCCGUCCAAGCUGCCCCAAGGAUCGGGAUUGAUUUCGAAUGCCCUGUUUGGGGGUGGUGACAAUACAGAAUCAUCAGACACCCUCACCACGCCCAACAUCAUCCUACACGUUCCCUUGAACGGCACUACCAACCGAAUCAUCAAUUUUGCGCGUUUGGCCGAGGAACAAUACGGGUUUGCUGCUCUACAUCCACGAUUGGCCGCCCACAAGGAGCAACUAGCGCGUGUGGCUGCCGCAGGUGCCAUGUUGGAGCGGAACGAAAAGAGCGCCAAGGGUCUACUUUCCGCCGGUGAGAGCGCCGACGAGGAUCUGAGCUUGGACAUGGAGCGCGACAGUGACUUCGACGGCGAUGUUACCAUGACUGGCGCAGCCAACAUGAAUGGUGCAGCGGCUGCAGACGGAGCGGAGGGGAAGAAGAAGCGCCGCAAGAAGAUUGAAGACUACGAUCGGGAUGACCCCUUUGUCGACGAUACUGAAAUGGCUUGGCAGGAGCAUGCUGCCGCCAGUAAGGAUGGAUACUUUGUGUAUAGCGGACCUUUGGUGCCGGAGGGUGAAAAGGUGCAAGUCGAACGGGCCGACGGAACUAUCAAACGUGGUCGUGGCCGUGGACGCGGAGGUCGCAGUCGUGCUGCUCCAGCUACCAGCCACCAAGUCCCUCUGGCGGCUGCCGUACCUAUUUCCCAGGAAACCGGUUUGCCUCUUCGUGGUCCAGGAUCGCGUGGAGGCAGCACUACCCGUCGUCCUCGUGUCAGCAAGGCCGCCCGUCAGCAGAUGGAGGCGGAGAAGGAGAAGCAAAGCAACCACAGCUCGCCUGCCUCGAAUGGACGCGGCGGUGGAACGGCUGGUCGUGGAGGUGGGCUUGGAAGUCGCGGAGGUAAAACUCCAUCAGCGGCUAGCCCCAGCAAUGGCGGCAGCAACACCAACACCAACAACUUAACACCGCAGCCCAAUGUUGGUCCAGCACCGCCGGGGCCAAGUCCUUUGUCGGGACCGGAACUGGUAAUGAAGUGAUUUUUCUUGUCUUUGUAUGUGAGAGUUGUAUUCUCGAUCCAUGACACCGGUGUUUCUUUGCUUUCGGGUUAUAUGAUAUUUUUUCAGCGUCAAAAGGACGGGUCAGACGAUUUGCUUUAUGUGUUCUUAUUAUCUGGAUCUUGUCAGGUCGAUUAUCCAUGCUAUCGUUUAUCAGAUAUGGAUGGCAGCUCGUUUGCUUUGUGACAAUAAUGAGGGUUUAUGCAUGGCUGAACAUUGUUUUGAAUUGAUAUGGCUUACUCGAUUACUCUAUCUGUUUGGUUUAAUUUGCUGUGCUGGCGAUGUAUUCUGGUUGAUCACAUGAUCAGCUAGGAUAACAUGUGCAUAAUUUGCAUAAGGACAUAAUGACUUGUGCCCUAACAGUGUAUGCACGGAGUACAGCGCUUCAAAACAAUCAUGACCAACAAAUGUAGCC